ACAUCAUUAACCAGCGGUAGUUUUAUUAUCCUUGCAAAGGCGUUUUGAUAUACUUUAUGUAUAAGGUUUGUUGACCGAAAACCUCGAGGUUAAUCUAUAAGAUUUUGUAAGAUUCUUUUAAAUGAAUAAGUAUAUAGUGUAUAAAGAAUGUUUUUAAAGUAUGGGUUCCAAAUGAUAUUAGUCCUUGUCCGGACGAACCAACUAUUGGGUAUUACUCUUAAGGUUGUAAAGCCUCGGGUUGUACCUAAUAGGAUAUGUGUACUUAGGCGGUUGGCCUAAGGUACCUGGAUUUAUUUCGGGAACUUCGGGUUAGUCGUUUAUGUACACAUUGUGGCUUCUCGGUUUGGUUUCAGUUAUGAGUGAUCGGCUGUGCAUGUUCUUGUUUGAUUGUUGCACGGCUGGUCGAGUCAACUUAUACUUAGACCAGAUCGGGGGUGUCACACACAGCCUCUAAGACAAUUGUCGGUUUUCCUGAUCCACGUGCGUAUUGUCCUUUCCAAGCGGUUGGGAAAUUCUUCCACUCCCAAUGCAUGUAGUCAAUGCUUCCAACCAUCCAAGAAACCCGCGUUUCUCUCCAAUAUCGAACAACUAUAAUUAUCAUCAAACAAAAAACGAAUUCAACGAGUUAGAGAAAGUUAAAAGAAGAUUACAACUUAACAAAAUCAAAGAGUUAGAGAAAAAAAAGCAACGAGCAACGAAGCGGAGAACAUAUCGAUUGAAAAAGCUUAAAAAAAAAUUAGAACCGAUUGAAACGAAAAUGGGUUUUGAAUUCGUGUAAGAAAAAAUGAGAAGAUCCGCUUCCGAUUGAAACCAAAAUCGAUCUGAAACCCUAUCUACAAACGCACCCUCUCCCCAAAUCGAUUUAUACCCAAAUCGUUUUGAAACCCUAAUUUCAAUCGUUAAACGAAAUCGAUUAAAACCCGAUAACCCAACCCGAUUGAGAGGAAUCAAGAAGAUAACUAAUCUAAAUCGAAAUAUCUACAAUUUUAGCCAUCGAUCUACCUUCGUAAAGCAGACGGAGAGGAAUCGCCGAGCUGUCGCCUUUCUCUCGAGAGCUCCUUUUUUUUUCUACGCCGUCGGUCGAGAAUAACUUUUCUUUUUUGACCCAACACAACACAAACCGACACCGACCCACUAAAACAAUGACACGUACACAAGGAUCAACUCCUUAAAAUCCUUCUCGACGGGCCAAUCCUUAGAUUAAGUCGGAUAAUUAUUAUUAUUAUAUUACCCCUAACCUAAGAAUUAACGCUAAGGAUCACACUUGAGCCUCCGUUGCAGUCGCUCUCAUAAGUGGGAUGAUCGUCCUUUCCCCCGCGAGGCGUUCCUCCUCAAUUCUCAACCUCUCUUUUCUUCUAUAAUUAUUUUUUAUUAUUUAAUGUAUGAGAAAUUUAGUGAAGUACUCUAGCUAAAGAUACUCUAAGGGCAAGAUUAACGGCGUCCCAAUGGGAUGUCCUUAGCAUAAAUGACAUUUAAUUUAAAUCAAAAAGAGACAAUUAUCUAAGGACAUAUCUAAUUUAAGAUGUUUUUGUUGUCGUCGUUAGGUGAUACGUGGCUUGGUGUGAUUGGGCGAUGAAACCGGGGUGGGGAUAAUCGAUUUGGGUAAGUGUUGUGAUUUAAUUUUCUUGCCUUUUCUUCUUCUCGACCGACGAAACGCCUCUCUUCGAUCUCCUCUCUUCUCGACCGACGAAUCUCGAGCCAUCGAUCUCCUCCCUUCGAUCUCCUCUCUUCUCGACCGACGAAUCUCGAGCCAUCGAUCUCCUCUCUUCGAUCUCCUCCCGACGGUUCUCCUGUCUUCUCCACCGACGGAUCUCCUCCCGAGGUUUCUCCUGUCGACGGAUCUCCUCCCGAGGCUUCUCCUCUCUUCUCCACCGACGGAUCUCCUCCCGAGGUUUCUCCUCUCUUCUCCACCGGAUUUAUUUGACGGAUCUCUCGACCGGUCUCUCAACGGUUCUCCCGACGGAUCUCUCCACGGUUCUGUCGACGGUUCUACCCUCUCAUCAACAUCAUAUUCUGCGAUUCGAAGGUGGAAGGGUGAGGUGAGGCUCGUCUAAAGAGAGCCAGUGAUACACAACUAGGAAACAACCAUUUCGUCCAGUGUUCAAGUUUUCGGAUUAGCCAUGGGUCUUGAUUACAGCUAUUCACAACCUUCACAGUCCGAGACGUUUGGUGGGGAUGGGUUCGAGAGUGAGUACAACGAAGUAGAAGCUCUCAUUCAGGAGGACCAAGCUCAAUUAGAGUACGAGAACGCUCAGGCCUUUGUGUACCCUCCUCAGCCGGAGGUUGAGUUCGGCAUUCCACAGGUUUGCUACUGUGGGAAUGCACCGAAGAUAGCUACGUCUAAGGAUUUCCACAGAUACUAUACUUGUGGUAAUGCAGAUGAUGGAGAGUGUCAUGUGUGGAAGUGGUGGGAUGAGGCUGUAAUGGAGGAGAUGAGAGCCAGAGAUCGACACACACUUCAGUUAGAUGAGAAGGUAGAUGCUCUGACCUUGUUGAGUGACUAUGACACUGACCAGACGCUAUUUAGACUAGAGAACAUGGUCUGUGAGUUGGCUAAGAGUAGAUCAACGUGGAGUUUCGAGUCCUUAGUUGCGGCUAUGGUUAUUGUCUUAGUCUUCAUAGGCCUCGUCGUUGUGUUUAUCUAAUGUGUAAUGUGACUGGUAAUUAGUGUAAAAUGUGACUCUACUUAGCUCUGAAUGACUCGGAUGUGUAACUUUGUAUUAGUGUAAAAUGCACUUUCAAUCUCCAAUUUUUCUUCUAAUUAUUUACUUUCUACUCGUGACUAUAAAUUAUACAACUCGUGACUAUACAACUCGUAAUUGAAUGACUGGUAAGUCAGUACAUGUGACUAUACAACUCGUACCCACUUCCAUAUACAUUUAACUCGUGUUAUAAUUGAGUAGAUGUCAAAAAAAUGGUUUCAAUUGUCACAUGAUGUACGAAAGGGUCACAAGACAAACAAUGUACAAUCACAAGAUUUUUUCUUCUUCACCUAUAAAUUAUAGAAACAUAUAAGCUAUACAAUUACAACACUUCAACUUCUCAUAUCAAAAACAAUUUCUCCAGUAUCUACAAAUACAAUUACAACUUUUUAUUUGUUUUUUUUUAAUUCAAAAUGGGAUCUUCUUCUCAUUAUCAUUAUCACCGAGAGGAUGAUGAUGAUGAAUUUGAAACUAUGGUAGAAGAAUUCUUACAAAUUCCAGAUACUACUCCUGAACCGAGAAGACGAAAAAAACGUAUCCAUAUUGAGAGAAACCGAGAAGAAGGCCACAUGAAGCUUUGGAAUGAUUAUUUUAGCGACACUCCAACAUUCCCGCACAAUAUAUUCCGGAGACGGUUUCGGAUUAACAAGACAUUGUUCAUGGGUAUUGUGCAUCGUCUCUCGCAAGAAAUUGAGUAUUUUCAACCAAAAGAAGACGCAGCCGGACGGUCUAGCCUAUCUCUGCUCCAAAAAUGUACCGCAGCACUUCGGCAAUUGGCGUAUGGUGGUGCGGCUGAUGCCGUUGACGAAUAUAUCCGGAUGGGUGAAACAACAGCUAGAAAUUGUCUGCACCAUUUUACCGCCGGAAUAAUUCAGUUGUUUGGCGAUUACUACCUAAGACGUCCAACACCGGAGGAUCUGCAAAGGCUACUAUAUAUUGGACAACAACGUGGAUUUCCAGGAAUGAUUGGAAGCAUCGACUGUAUGCAUUGGGAGUGGAAGAAUUGCCCAGCCGCUUGGAAAGGAAUGUAUUCACGAGGAACCGGAAAACCCACAAUUGUGUUGGAGGCGGUAGCUUCACAAGACCUCUGGAUAUGGCACACAUUUUUUGGAGCUCCAGGUACUAUGAACGAUCUUAAUAUACUUGAUAGAUCACCUGUUUUUGAUGACAUUAUUAACGGAAACGCUCCGGAAGUCAAUUUCCAUGUCAACGGAAGGGAGUACGAUUUGGCUUACUAUCUCGCCGAUGGUAUUUAUCCGAAAUGGGCUACUUUUAUUCAAUCUAUCCGACUCCCACAAGGUCCAAAACAUUGUUUAUUUGCUAAACACCAAGAAUUUGUGCGUAAAGAUGUUGAGCGUGCCUUCGGAGUCCUGCAAGCUAGAUUCGCGGUUGUUAGAAAUCCGUCUAAUUUAUGGGAUAAAAACAAAAUAGGAAAUAUUAUGAGAGCAUGUAUCAUACUCCAUAAUAUGAUUGUCGAAGAUGAACGAGAUUCCUACGGAAACGCAUCAGUAUUUGAACAAGGAGAAGAUGAGGAUCCCACUUUUGUAGUCAGACGACCUACAAAUCUCGGUGCUACAUUGGGACGUCGAGCAGAUGUUCGGGAUACACCAGGCCAUCACCAAUUAAAAGCACAUUUGGUUGAAAAUAUAUGGGAUAAAUUUGGACAUCUCCCAAUGUAAUUUUAAAGUUUCUAUGAAUUGAAUAAAAUAUGUGUUUGCUUUUAA